UUCUUUAUUUAGACGAACCAGAUAAUUGGUGUCUAUUGCGAAUUUCAAAGUUUGUAUUCCAAUUGCAGUUCGAUUUAACAGUCGCAAACGCUCUCUAUCAAGGAGAAGCUAAGCGACUUGAAGAUCAGAAUGGAGCACAAUCUGAUUCAGCUAUCUGUCGCAGUAAUAAUCUCAUCCAUUAUCGCCAUCGGAGCAUACCGAAGAAAGUCGUUGAACCUCUCUGGAGCUCUUGCGGGCUUUAUUGUCAUGUCAACUCAUUUUGCUAUCAGCUAUAGGUACGGUGCCGUGCUCCUUGUAUUCUUUUCCACUUCUUCUAAGCUUACCAAGGUUGGGGCAGAGAAGAAACGAGUCCUUGAAGCUGAUUUUAAGGAAGGUGGUCAAAGGAAUUGGAUUCAAGUUCUUUUUAAUAGUGGUAUUGCUACAGUCCUGGCUGUGCUUAUUUGGAAAAUUACGGGAUGGCAAGAUAAAUGCCUGGACUCUAAAGACUCAGCUAUUGUCACUGCUCUCAUUGGGGGCAUUCUUGGGCACUACUCCUGCUGCAAUGGGGACACAUGGUCUUCUGAGCUUGGAAUUCUUAGUGAUGCAACACCUCGAUUAAUCACAACCUUCAAGCCUGUUCGUAAGGGUACUAAUGGCGCAGUAACAAAAGCAGGACUCCUUGCAGCUACUGCUGCAGGUGCUGUCAUAGGACUGACGUUUGUUCUCCUUGGAUUUUUCACUGCAAAAUGUGCUUAUGGCACAGCACUGAAACAGCUAUUGGUAAUUCCCCUAGCAGCCGUGGCUGGACUUUGUGGAAGUGUCAUAGACUCUCUUUUGGGAGCAACACUGCAAUUUAGUGGAUUCUGCACGGUUCGUAAUAAGGUCGUAGGAAAACCAGGACCGACUGUCAAAAAGAUAUCAGGUCUCAACAUUCUUGAUAACAAUGCUGUGAACCUCGUGUCGGUAUUAUUAACCUCAAUGCUUACUUCGAUUGCCUGCAUUUACAUAUUUUGAACGAUAUCUGCCGUUGUAAGAUAAAGCCAGAGGCAUGCUAGACAGAACUCAUUAUCAAAUAAAGUUCUCGGGAUUGGCAACAUAAUCAUUCUUAAUUCAUCAACUUGGAUUUGCUUA